GCGCCAUCGUAACACUAAUCGGCUGCGUCGCCUCCCAUCGCCCAGGGCACCCUUUUUAUAUGGAGAGCCCUCAGCGAUCCCGAUCCAGAUUGGAUUAGAUCCACCCACGCAUUGUCUCAUCAGCGAGAUUUUAUCAGAGCAGAUCCACUCAUUCAUUGUCUCAUCAGUAGAGAUUUGCUCGAUGUCGCCACAAGUGCAUGGAUGGGAGCUGCACCGCAAUCACGCGGCACGUACGCAGGAGGAAUUAAUUGGCUCAUUACUGAAACUAAAUGAGCCCGCGCGCAGAUAAAAGCCACGAGUCAGGACGGGAGCUGCGUUGGCUUUGCUGGUGCCGUGCUAAGUCUCGGUUUUUUGCUGUCCUUGCGAUGGAGACCACAAGGGCUUUGUUCGCGGUCUUGGAGUUGUUAUGUCUUGCCUCUGCUACAGUAGCCACCUCCGCCACGGUGAGUGUGGUGUGUGACGAGGCGACGCUCACGCUGACUGUGAGCAGGGACCUGUUCGGCACGGGUCACCUGGCCCAGGCGAGUGACCUCUCUCUGGGGGUGCCAGCCUGCCCCGUCACUGGGAGCGACGCCCUUGCUGGGACGGUGACGUUCCUCUAUGCACUGGAAAGCUGUGGCACCAGCCUCCAGAUGAGUGCAGGGCUGCUCUCUUACGAGAACUACCUCUACUACCGCCCCACGUCCAACACGGGCAUUAUCCGCACAAACUACGUCGCUGUGCCGGUCGUUUGCCUCUAUCCCAGGCGAGUUCACCAGCAGUCUCUUAUAUACCAGCUGGGCCAGACUCUGAAUGUCGAGGCGAGCGUGCAGACACUGAACCACGUUCCACUCAGGAUCUUCGUGGUCAGCUGCUUUGCAACCCCGGUUCCGGACAGGAACGCGCCCCUCUGCUACCAAAUAAUUUCGAACUCUGGGUGUCUGGUGGAUGGCAAAGUCUCGUAUGAUGCUCACCUUACUUCUGGCUUCCUGCUCCGGCAAAGUGACAACGUCCUUCGCUUCUUCAUAGAUUCCUUCCGCUUCCUUGCGACGUUGACCAACAAUGGCGAUCAGGUUUUUGUCUUCUGCCAGCUGAAGGUUGCAGAUGUUGCAACAUCUCCAACGACUGUCAAAAAAGCUUGCACCUACAGUCCCUCGGCUGCAUACAGGUGGAUCUCUGCUGAUGGCUUGGACUCGGUAUGCAGCUGCUGCGAGGCCACGUGCCCCAGUGGAAGAAAGCGCAGGGAUGUGGCAGCAGUGACUGGUGAGUACAACCGUCGUAAUCAGCCAUUUAGUCUUAUACAGAAGACCCUUGAAUAUCAAGGGAGUUACGUUCUUGGAAAUUGUCAGAAAAGCCAAACUGCGACAUACACUAUGCAAACCUUGCCUAAAUAAUGGUGUUAAGUAUGUGGUAAUCAACAAUGGAGGCAUCACUAUUUAAAUAAGUACUGUAAUGUGCCAAGUAAACUAAAUAAAAAUAAACAUGUAAAAACAUUCCUAGACAAUAAAUGACACGUAAAUCAUGUCCUUGCAAUUUAAAGCUGUUUUAUAUGCAAGGGUGAAGUAGUAGUAGUACCAUGCUAAGAACUCUGCAACCAGAAUUCAAUUUCUGCUUAACUCC